CAGAUCGGAGGAGCAGAGGAAGAAGCUCGUAGCAAUAGCAUCGUACGCAGUACGCACCGCCACCCAGCCAGCCACAGCCAUGACGCGCGCCAAGGUCGAGAUGAGGCUCGUCGAGAGCGCGCGCGGGCGCGCCGCCACGUGCGGCAGGAGGACCAAGGGGCUCCAGAACAAGGCCAGGGAGCUCGCCACGCUGUGCGCCGUCCCGGUCGCGCUCGUCUGCCUCGCCGCCGGCGCCGGGGCCCCGCCGCUCGUGUGGGAGUCGGAGGAGGGCGUCCUCGAGAGGUACCGCCGCGCCGUCCCGCCGGAGGCCCGCGCGCAGCACACGCACCGGGGCUACCUUGAGGCGGAGCUGGGCAAGGAGCGGGCCAAGCUCGCCAGGGUGCGCCACGGCUGCCCCGCCGCGCUCGCGGACUGGGACCCGGCGCUCAACGACGUGACGCUGGACCAGGCGCGGGAGCUGCUCGAGGCGAUCGACGCCGCGCUGCGGGCCGCGGGAGACAGGAUGGAGGCUCUGGGCGUACCCGCCGACGGCGGCCACGGCCGGAUCGACGAGCAGAUCGCGCCGGAUGCUUCUGACGACGCCGUCAUGCCGCAGCAGCUCGCGCAAGGUGGCGGCGUGCCGUGCACCGGAAGCAACCCCGUGGACCUGGACAUGGACGCCGCCGGCUUCGAGUUGCAGAUGGUGCCGUGGCACGGCGGGAACAACGACGGCCUACUCGGGGAAGAUCGCUUCCAGAUGCAACCAGGGUGCGGCUUCCAGUGCAUCGGCGGCGGCAACUACUCGGGCGCCGUCGACGAGACGCUCGCGCUAGGCUCCGGCAAUGCUGGUUACGACUGGACUGAUCUGACCAUGUGGCACACCGGCGAGUUGCGCGAUGCAGUCCUGCCACUUGGGAACUACCCUGCCUUCGCCGACUGUACUCCGGCGCCUGAGUACUCCGCCCAGGUCGUCGCCGGCGGGGACUACAUGAAGACACUGCCAACUGGAUACGGGUACCCCAUGGCCAUGGGCGUCGGCAACAACUUCACUCUGGGAAGCAACUACACGGCGCGUUGGCAGGUCGAGGAGUCCCAUCGCUCCGGCACAAGCACAAUGUCAGCUGCACCAUCGCCUCAGUGUUCGGAUCCCGGGACACGGAGCUCCAGCCAAGUCUUCCAUUAUCUCCACUAGACUAGUAUUGUUGUCACGGAAGGUUUUAGGUCGAAGAGGGAGAAAAGCUUUAUGUUAACAGGGAAAAUGCAGUGAUAGAGACUCGUGGUUCGUUAUUUGGUAGCUAGAAUAUGUUGAUACUCACGCAUUUGAAGUUAAGAA